AUGUCGGCGUCCUCUCCCCGUCGCUUCAACUCGCAAGAUAAUGUCAUUUCUGUCUCUCCACGACCUCAUCGACAUGCUUUCCCACCUCGUUUAGGCAGUUUCUCCGACUUUGAAUCGGCCUCUCGACCCAAUGUCGUCGUUGGAUUCACUCCUCCGCCAUCGGCUGGCUUACCAAGUGUCGCGGAAGGCUCAACGAGCAACGCCACGUCGUCGAGUACUUUUCCAGUGGCCUCGCCGAGAUCGAGAGGGUUGCAUCUUCAAACUUCGACGCCGGCUCAACAAGCCGCUCGACUCUCACCUCAGUUGAGCACGCCCGUUGAGCAGACUUUCAACCUUGGCAUGGUCAGCUUGACGACUUCUCCUCGACAUCUCGGUUCCUCGCCUCGCGGGGUGACUUAUGCUGAACUUCCACCGAGAUCUCGCCGCAACUCGGCUGCCAUCGUUUCCAUCUCCUUGUCCUCCCGAUCCCGAUCUCGAACUCCUCGAGGUGGUGCCGCUGCACUGCCACAAUCAGACAGUGGGCACGCCACUCCCAACAAGGACUCCACAACGCCGACACCUCGACCGGACGGAACACCGUCAAAAGGCAUUCCGGUCAAGGACCUGGCAGAGGAUGAUUGGCAACCGACGGGUGGCAUGCUUCUGGACGAUGGCGUGGGGGAUGGCAGGAACGAUGAAGCCGUCGUGGAUGAUGAUCUAGACGAUGAUGGACGACAAUGGACUUUUGACGACGAAGGCGAUGAUGAAAGGGCCGUAGAGGAUGUGCUCUCGCCAGGCAUGUUGUUCGGUGAAGGUCAGGAAUUUCAAGGAGAGAUUGUGCAGCCUGCAGUCAGGCAGGUCGCUGGAGAAUCUGGUGCACAAGGGUACCCACUUAGGCGCGGGGAGAGCGAGAUUGGCAAAACAACUCGAGGCGAUCCCGCUCAGAAGCCGAAAAAGGUUUACGAGGUCAUCAGACAACUCGGAUCUGGAAGCUAUGCCGUGGUGUAUCUGGUACGGGAGAAAGGCGGUCGCAAGCGAGAGUAUGCUCUCAAGUGUCUGAGCAAACAAGAUCUUGAACCUGAACAGAUUGAGACCCAGCUGUUUGAAGCUACAAUCCACCUGUCCCUGCCCAUCCACAAAAACAUUGUCACGCUUCACCAAACGUUCCAUACCAAACGAUGGCUCUUCUUGAUGCUGGAAUUAUGCCCUGGAGAGGAUCUGUUCUACUGGCUGGAAAAGUCGCGUGAUGCUUCACCACCCGUUGUCAAUCAUCGACUGCCCGAAGAAUCUCAUCCCAUGUCUUCGUCUAAAUUCUCAUCUUCGUCCAUCCCAUUUUCAUCCUCUCAAAUGUUCCCCAAUAUCAACUCUCAUUUUGGAUCCUCCAUAUCCAACUCGCCCACCAACCACUUUACUGGUGCUUCUCAUGGAACAUCGCCUGCUUCUCUCUUGUUUGCUCAUCACAACAAUCACUCGCAUUCAUCUUUUGCCAUGGCUCAGACUCCACCUACGCCCAGUCUCCUUUCUGCGUUCGCAGCCAACACUCUUCUCUCACCCCGACGACUUCGACUGAUCGCGUCAAUGUUCAGCCAAAUGUGCGAAUCCGUUGCCGUCUGUCACGACGCAGGGGUCAGUCACAGAGAUAUCAAACCUGAAAAUUUCAUCUGCUGUGACUCUGUCGAACUGGAGAGCGCCGUCACUGCGGAUGCAGAGGAUGACGACAUGGAUUUUGGACCCCAGGCGAAGCGCAAAGUCAUUGUCAAGCUCACCGACUUUGGUCUCGCCACGGCCGAGGUGGAGAGUGGCGAUGUGGAAUGCGGUAGCAAGCCUUACAUGUCGUAUGAGUGCCGAAACAAUCUCGGACCGACUUACCUUCCGGCUCCGGCUGAUGUGUGGUCGCUCGGGAUCGUCCUCAUCAAUAUGCUGUUCCACCGUAAUCCAUGGAAGGAUCCUACACCUGGAGAUCCAAAUUUUGACAAGUUUCUACGUGAUCCCACUGGAUUCCUCUUGGCCAAAUUUACGGGUAUCGGUCGAGAAGUCGCGACGUACCUUGCCGAACACGUCUUGUGUACUGAGGUCGAAGACCGAGUCACCGCUAGGGAGUUCGGUAAAUGGAUCAAGGGUCUCACCGAGAUGAUUGCCGGGAGGAAAGCUGUCAACGCGCUCAAGCUUGCUCGGAUCGAAGCUAAGAACGAUAAAUCCAACGGCUCAAUGUUCGCCAAAGCACCUGUCAAUGCGGCCCAAUCGCAAGCAAAAAACAAGUCAUCAUCUGCACUCACAAACUCGGCUCCUAUUCAACAAGCGGUGACUGCUCCUUCAUUGUCGUCCUUGCCUCCUCCCUCUACGCUGGUCGAAAAGGCGCUAGAGACGGCACCAGAUGAAGUCGAGCUCACUACACCUGAUCUUGACAAAGACGUCGAAGGUGAAGAGCUUGCAUCUGCUUCGACCGUCGAUGGACAAAUGACCCCCGCCGAUUCACGAAACGUGGUAUCUCCCGAAGUCCCUGAUCCUGAUACGACAGAACCGCCCGCCAAUGUUAUGGACUCUGACGCGCAAUCCCUUAGCACCCACAAGCGACGGAAAAGAGGAGCUCGAAAGGGCAAAGCGGCUCAAGCUGCUGCUCUUGCUGCGGCUCAGACCGAUGACGGCACCAAGCAAGGCCGCGAUAUGCUCUUGUCUGAAUUUGCCGCUGCCGCGCAGUCUCUCGCUCGAGAUUUGUCAAAGAAACCUCGACGUGCCGAAGUGGACAGCCCGAUUGAGUUCCCACCACUGGGGACGACUCCAAACGAGAUAUCCGCAGUGAAAAAGUCCAAAUGGAAGGAUUUGAUGAAGUUUUCAUCUGAUAAUCCCGAGCUGCAGGCUCUCGCUCGACGAGUCGCUGAACGCGAUGGGUCCAGUGGCGGCAAUUGGUCUGCACCGGCAAAACUGCAGCAAGAUGCCAAUCGAUACUCUGGAGCGAGUCGACCCGGUCUCAAGCAGAGUUACACGCAGACGGCGACCAUGUCAUCUGGCUUUAGCAGUGGCUUGUCAUCUUUCGGUCCAGUGUCAAGCGCUACCAGUAGCAGCGGUGGCGUGGAUGAUGAGGACUGGAGAAAGCGCGUGCCAGAGGACAAGGUGGACGAAGAUUCCAGUGAUCGACAGGAAGCUGCCGAUGCGGCCGAUGAGAGACAAUUCAGGCGACAUCGAGGAAGGGAAGAAGAUCUGACCCGAGCUCGACAAGCCGCUCUCGCUGCCGCUGCCUUGACUGGUGGUUUGGAUACUAUGGGUCACUUUGGCGCUGGUCCUGGUUCUGCAGGAGUACACCGAAAGACACCUGUCGGAGGAUACAAUAAUCGAACGUCGAUACCUAUAGGAACGCAAGCUCGUCUGCCAGCUCUGAUCCCGUCUCAAACGACACAAGGGAUCUCGCACCGAUUGACUUCGACAUUGACAAGUGAUGAAUCGAAUGAUUUGCCAAAUGGCGACGCGCCUCCUAAACGUUUGGUCAUGUCAAGUUCGGUGUCCGCACCGAUGAUCACCAAGCAUUCGAUGGGAAAUUCAUCCUUGUCCAGUGAACCUACCACUGUCUCUCGACCGAUCAUUCCGAGCAAGGAGAGUAGUCAAAGUACCAUCACGACUUCCAUUUCGCCUCCUUCUACAUCAUCGUACGCGCAUGGGUCGACGACGGCAGUGGAUCAGAAUGCAUCUCCCGGGAGUGGAGGAGGACCCAACAAGCCGAAAUUGAAAGGUCAAAUUCAGAGUCUGGCCAAGAUGCUGAGUGGACUCAAGACAAAGGGGAAAGAUUGA